AUGGAAUGGCUCGGUCGUGCCAAAAUCGAGUUCACACAUGCUCCGACACCGCGCGCAAUCAGGGAGAAGAGCGGAAAUGAGACGGAUCUGCUAAAAAUCGUCGAGGCUGCCACUCCCCCUUGUCAUUUGAACCCUCUGCUGUUCAAUGGCCACCUGCAAACCAUCUGGACAGCUACCAAACCCCAUGGACCUCCGGUGUAUUACCUUCGCAAAAUCUUUGAUGCUGACCACAAACCUUACCAAGGAACGUUUGCGGUAGAUUUUGCCGUGCCGCCGUUUGAGGAUCACGACGAGACAUUGCCCAGACGAACAAGGUACUUUAGCGACCAAGAAUUCGCCAGUAUCGGCUCCGAUGAUUCCAAGCCCAUGUUGGUAGUUUUGCACGGGCUCUCCGGCGGCUCACACGAGGUGUACCUGAGGCACACCAUCGCACCACUGCUUGGCGAUGGGGGCUGGGAGGUGUGCGUUGUGAACUCGAGGGGUUGUGCGCGAAGCAAAGUCACCAGCGGCUUUCUCUACAACGCUCGAGCUACCUGGGAUAUCCGGCAGACGGUGAGAUGGUUGAGAGAAACAUUUCCUAAUCGACCGUUGUUUGGCCUGGGCUUUUCCUUGGGCGCCAACAUGCUUACCAACUACUGUGGCGAGGAAGGCGAGAAUUGUCUGCUCAAGGGAGCUGUCGCUUGCUCAAACCCUUUCAACCUGGAAGUAUCAAGCAAGAUACUCCAGAACAGGUUGAUCGGCAGGGAGGUCUACCUCAGAAUCAUGGGCACGGCGCUGAGGGGCUUGGUUGAAACGCAAAAGGAUGCGCUGCUCAAGUAUUCCAAUCUUGAUCUCCCCUCGAUUGCAAAGGUUAAAUACCUCCAUGAAUUUGAUCGGGAAGUCCAAUGCCCGACAUGGGGCUAUCCCACCGAAACUGCUUACUACAGAGAUGCGUCUUCCACAGACGCCGUCUUGAACAUCCGGAUCCCCUUUGUUGCUCUUCAUGCGACGGACGACCCGAUCGCGGUCAGGGAAGCACUGCCAUACGAAGAAUUCAGACUCAAUCCCAACACAGUCAUGGUCACGACGUCGUUGGGCGGUCAUUUGUGCUGGUUUGAGCUGGGAGGCGCUCGUUGGCACCCGAAACCAGUCUGCAAUUUUUUAAAUCACCUCGCGUUCCAGGUAGAUUUGGACAGUGUGAAGCCGUCGGCCGGGGCGACCAUGCCGGAAAACGCAUCUCAAGGCCCGAAUUAUCAGCCUAUGCGCCGCAGGCUUGAGAUUUUCCGACAGUAG